GCAAAUAAGCAUAAUACCGAACAAACAGGGAAAUAAACUAAAUCGCAACUCCAUAGUUGGUCGGUGGUAAAUAAUUAAGAGUGCAGGUAAUGUCAGUAAUGGACAUUUGUUGGGAGUCAAAACUUUUCAAAGCUACGUGUGCAUAUUAAAGCAGCCGAUAAACAACCAUCAGCGUGUGCCGCACCGGCAUAUUCUUUAGCCAAGACUAUGAGCGUAGAUGUAGGAAGCGCUGGCGGCGCAACAGCAAAAGCGAAAAGCGUCUUAACAUGGGAAAAACAGGAGCAUCUUGUCAAAUUGGCCAUACUUAUUUUGGCAGCCGUUCUGUCAUUCGCCACACGUUUAUUUUCGGUGCUUCGAUUUGAGAGCGUUAUCCAUGAGUUCGAUCCAUAUUUCAAUUACCGCACUACGCGGUUUUUGGCAGAACAAGGCUUUUAUAAGUUCCACAAUUGGUUCGAUGAUCGGGCCUGGUAUCCGCUGGGCCGCAUUAUUGGCGGUACCAUUUAUCCUGGUUUAAUGGUAACGUCGGCGGCACUGUAUAGAAUCAUGUGGUUGCUCAACAUAACCGUGGAUAUACGAAAUGUGUGUGUAUUUCUGGCGCCGUUCUUUUCAUCACUCACCACACUAGUCACCUAUGCGCUGACCAAGGAGAUACACAGCACGGGAGCUGGUCUGGUGGCUGCGGCGCUUAUCUCCAUUGUGCCCGGCUAUAUAUCCCGCUCCGUGGCCGGUUCCUAUGACAAUGAAGGCAUUGCUAUAUUCUGCAUGCUCUUCACGUACUAUUUGUGGAUCAAGGCGGUGAAGUCGGGCACUAUAUUCUGGUCGGCCAUGUCGGCGUUGGCCUAUUUUUACAUGGUGUCUUCGUGGGGCGGCUACGUGUUCCUAAUCAAUCUUAUUCCGUUGCAUGUAUUAGCAUUGAUGUUCACGGGGCGUUUCUCGCAUCGCAUUUACAUUGCGUACAGUACGUUAUAUUGCGUUGGCACCAUACUCUCCAUGCAAAUAUCGUUCGUGGGCUUUCAGCCGAUACAAAGUUCGGAGCACAUGCUGGCCCUGGGCGUCUUUGGACUGUGCCAGAUACACGCUUUCGUCGACUAUCUGCGCUCCCGCAUGCCGAAGGAGCACUUUGAUGUGCUCUUUAAGACGCUGGUCUCCAGCGUGCUCACUGUGGUGUUACUUUUGGGCACGGUGCUUACCAUUACUGGCAAGGUGUCACCAUGGACGGGAAGGUUUUACUCCUUGCUGGAUCCCUCAUAUGCCAAGAAUCACAUUCCAAUAAUUGCAUCAGUUUCUGAGCAUCAACCCACAUCUUGGUCGUCCUUCUACUUUGAUCUGCAGAUCUUGGUCUUUCUCUUUCCGGCGGGCUUGUAUUUCUGUUUCUCCAAACUAACUGAUGCCAAUAUAUUUAUCAUAUUAUAUGGUGUGACAAGUAUUUACUUUGCGGGCGUGAUGGUGCGUCUGAUGCUGGUGCUGGCGCCUGUUAUGUGCGUGCUUUCGGGCAUUGCCAUCUCACAUCUGUUGGCAAAGUAUAUCAAGAGUGUGGAUGCAGUGGCGCCAAAGCCGACAGAGAGUAAGCGACAGCACAAGAAACUAGAGCUACAGAGUGGUGGGGUGAAGAGUGAAGUGGCCAUUGGUUUUGUGACGACCAUAACGUUAAUGUUGGUGGUUUACACCUUCCACUGCACUUGGGUGACCUCAGAAGCGUAUUCCUCGCCAAGCAUCGUACUGAGCGCGCGUUCCCAUGAUGGUGGACGCAUUAUAUUUGAUGAUUUCCGAGAAGCAUAUUAUUGGCUACAGAUGAACACGCCUGAGGAUGCUCGUAUCAUGUCCUGGUGGGAUUAUGGCUAUCAGAUAACAGCGAUGGCCAAUCGCACGAUAUUGGUUGAUAAUAAUACAUGGAACAAUACUCAUAUAUCACGCGUUGGUCAGGCCAUGGCCUCAUCAGAGGAGAAGGCAUAUGAGAUAAUGCGCGAACUGGACGUGGACUAUGUGUUGGUUAUUUUUGGUGGUCUCACCGGCUACUCGUCAGAUGAUAUUAACAAGUUCCUUUGGAUGGUGCGCAUUGGCGGCAGCACCGAUCGUGGAGCCCACAUCAAGGAGAAGGACUAUUAUGCGGCCAAUGGCGAGUUCCGUGUGGACAAGGAAGGCUCUCCUACUUUGCUUAAUUGCUUGAUGUACAAAAUGUGUUACUAUCGCUUUGGACAGAUGUACACGGAGGGUGGCAAGGCGCCUGGCUACGAUCGGGUGCGUGCUGCAGAGAUUGGCAACAAGGACUUCGAGCUGGAUGUGCUCGAGGAGGCCUACACCACUGAGCAUUGGCUCGUCCGUAUUUAUAAGGUCAAGGAUUUACCAAAUCGUGGUGGUUAAAUGCAGUUCUAAACUUGCAGACAGAGCUCUCUACUUUCCUAAAAUCUAACACACUCAGCCUGCGUUUGCCUGUCGGUUUCGCUUUAUUCUUCUCUGUUUAGCUUAUUUGUUGACCGCUUUGGGUAUUCAAUUGUAAAUCUCAUCGUGUCUCCUUAGCGAACGAAUCGUUAAAUGUAUGUAUUUAGAUCGUAAAACAACAAUAGUAUCGUCGCAUUUAAAAAUCUCCCAAGUCGGCAUUUAUCGAGGAUUUAUUACGAUUUUGUAUUUUAUGCUCGCUGACUGCUUGCAAAAAUCUCUGCCUCAGUUGAGUGUUUUUUUUUAGUUUGGUGUAAAAAAAAAAUCACAACAAAAAAACCAUAAUCCUAAAAUAAGCAACAAAGUGAAUCAUACGAAUAAAAAUCUGAUUAAAAAUUGUAA